UCAUCUUAUUUAGUCUUUUAUCUCUAAAGAAAUAUUUUGAAAAAAAUGUUUAUUAUGUUGUCAUAGUGAUUAACAAUUAGUAAACAUUAAUAAAUUUCAUUGAAAAAAUUAAACAAUAAAAACUAAGAUUUCUCAUUAAAUAUUUAUCAUGGAAGUUGACUCAAUACAUGAAAUAUAUCAUAAAGAACUAUCUCAAGAUAGUAUCGACACAUAUAUUAAAGAUCUUGAAGAUAUGAUUCAAAAAAAUGAAUUACGCAAUAAUUCUCCUAAUUGGAUAGUUGCCUCAUUAGAUGAUGUUUUUAUGUGGAUACAAAAACAUUUAAACAGAUUUUUCAAAUCUGAUCAAAAUUUGUCAACUAAGCAGCUUAAUAAAAAAAAAAAAAAAAUCACUAAAUUAAAUAAUAUGAUAAACCACCUUAAAAAUAUGCAUUCAACUUAUGAAUACAAAUUGGAAAAAAAAGAAAACUUUUAUCAAAAUGCAAUUAAAAGCUUAGAGUCAAAAAUUUCAAAAAUGCUUGAAGAUAAUAGAAAAUUACAGGAUUCUGUGAAAUCAUAUUCAACCCAUGCUACAAUGGAGUUAGAAAAAAUGAAUGUUGUAAUAAAAGAAAUGGAAAUAGAUACUAAAUUUAAGAAAAAUCAAAAGAUGCUACAAAAAAUCACUAAAUCAAAUGAUUUCAUAAACCAUCUUAAAAAUAUGCAUUCAACUUAUGAAUCCGAAAUAAUAGAAAAAGUAAACAUUUAUCAAAAUACUAUAAAAAGAUUUGAGUCAAAAAAUGUAAAACUCUUUGAAGAGAAUGUGUAA